AUGUAUUUAACAGCAUCUGUUAUUCAAAAUGGUAAUACAACAAUAAUUUCAAAAUAAAUGAAUAAUACAUUUAUACCUUAUAUGAUAGAAGAUAAAUGGUAAUCUGAAAAUAGUAUUCAUUCAGAUGAAAUGGAUUAAGAUUCUAAUAAUACUUGUUGUUAUCAAAUUGCUCAAUUAGCAAAUGCAAAUGAACAACCUUUAAAAUAAAUUCAUAAUAAGGUGUGGAAUUUUUAUUUUAUUAAAUGGAUUUAAAUAAAAAAAAUAUUACAUUAAAAAUUUAGCUAGAUAAUUAAGGUAUAUCUUUGCUGUAAACAUUUUUAAUUUAUAAGGAACUUAAAUUCUAUUCAAAUUUUAUCAAGUGUUUUGAUCUUCUUACUUUUAACCUUGAAUUAGUAAAUUUGUAGCACCAUAAUUGUGUUUGAUUUUUCAAAUAGAGACCAUUAUCUUAUCUAUUAUGAUUAGUUUAGUUCAUUUCUUUGGUUGCUAGGAUCAGGUACAACUUAAUAUACGUAAUAAUAAAUUUUUUUGUUUCUGUUAUUAUAUAUAAUAUAGUUUUCAUGUAUGUUUGAUAGCUUUAUUUAUUGA